GCCAUGGAGGUCAGGAGCCGGAGUGCAGAGGAGCUGAGGCGUGCGGAGUUGGUGGAGAUCAUCGUGGAGACCGAGGCGCAGACCGGCGUCAGCGGCAUCAAUGUCGCGGGCGGCGGCAAAGAAGGGAUCUUCAUCAGAGAGCUGCGCGAGGACUCACCCGCCGCCCGGUCUCUAAGCUUGCAAGAAGGGGACCAGCUGCUGAGCGCCCGCGUGUUCUUCGAGAACUUCAAGUACGAGGAUGCGCUACGCUUGCUUCAAUGUGCCGAGCCUUACAAGGUCUCCUUCUGCCUGAAGCGCACCGUGCCCACCGGGGACCUAGCGCUGCGGCCCGGGACCGUGGCUGGCUACGAGAUCAAGGGCCCGCGGGCCAAGGUGGCCAAGCUGAAUAUCCAGAGUCUGUCCCCUGUGAAGAAGAAGAAGAUGUUGGUGGUGCCUGGGGCUCUGGGGGCCCCUGCAGACCUGGCCCCCGUUGACGUCGAGUUUUCCCUCCCCAAGUUCUCCCGUCUGCGCCGGGGCCUCAAAGCUGAGAUCUCCAAGGGUCCUGUCUCAGCUGCCCCUGCCCGCCGGCGCCUCCAACUGCCUCGGCUGCGGGUUCGAGAAGUGGCUGGAGAGGCCCAGGCAGCCCGGAUGGCUGCUGCUGCUCCUCCCCCCAGGAAGGCCAAAGUGGAGGCCGCUGAGGUAGCCACAGGAGCGAGGUUCACAGCCCCUCAGGUAGAGCUGGUUGGGCCUAGGCUGCCAGGGGCUGAAGUGGAUGUCCCUCAGGUCUCAGCCCUUAAGGGGGCCCCCUCUGCGGAGGCAAGCAGUGGUUUUGCCCUCCUGCCAACCCUUGGGCUAGGAGCCCCAGCUGCACCUGCUGUGGAGGCCCCAACUGUAGGGAUCCAGGUCCCCCAAGUGGAGCUGGCCACCUUGCCCUCGCUCCCCGCUCUGCCCACCCUUCCCUGCCUGGAGACCCGGGAAGGGGCCGUGACGCUGACAGUCCCCACCCUGGAUGUAGAAGCGCCUUCGGUGGGGGUGGAUCUGGCCUUGCCAGGCUCAGAGGUGGAGCCCCGGGCAGAAGUGCCUGAUGUGGCUCUGAAGAUGCCCCGCCUCAGUUUCCCCCGCUUUGGGGUUCGAGGGAAGGAAGCCCCUGAGACCAAGGCAGUCAAGGGCAGCCCUGAGACCAAAGUGAAGGGUCCCAGACUUCGAAUGCCCACCUUUGGGCUUUCUCUCCUGGAGCCCCGGCCCUCUGCCCCCGAGGCUGUUACAGAGAGCAAGCUAAAGCUGCCCACCCUCAAGAUGCCCUCGUUUGGCAUUGGAGUGGCAGGGCCUGAGGUCAAGGCACCCAAAGGGCCAGAAGUGAAGCUGCCUAAGGUCCCUGAGGUCAAGCUCCCCAAAGUACCAGAGCCAACCCUUCCAGACAUACGAGUCCCUGAGGUGAAACUCCCAAAGGUGCCAGAGAUAGCCAUGCCAGAGGUUCGACUCCCAGAUGUGCAGCUCCCAGAGAUGAAACUUUCUGAGAUGAAGCUGCCCAAGGUGCCCGACAUGGCGGUGCCUGAUCUACAACUCCCGGAAGUCCAGCUCCCCAAAGUGCCAGAGAUGAAGCUGCCCAAAGUGCCCGACAUGGCGGUGCCUGACCUGCGACUCCCAGAAGUCCAGCUCCCCAAAGUACCAGAGAUGAAGCUGCCCAAGGUGUCUGAGAUGGCUGUGCCCGAUGUCCGACUUCCAGAAGUCCAGCUCCCCAAAGUGUCCGAGCUAAAGCUUCCUGAGAUGAAGCUGCCCAAAGUCCCCGAAAUGGCUGUGCCCGACCUGCACCUUCCGGAGGUACAGCUCCCCAAAGUGCCCGAGAUGAAAAUCCCAUCCAUGAAACUCCCCGAGGUGAAGCUCCCCGAGAUCAAACUGCCCAAAGUCCCUGAGAUGGCCGUCCCCGACCUGCACCUUCCGGAGGUGCAGCUCCCCAAAGUGCCCGAGGUGAAGCUGCCCAAAAUGCCCGAGAUCCCCGUACCUGACCUGCACCUCCCAGAAGUACAGCUCCCCAAAGUGUCAGAGAUGCAACUUCCAGAACUGCAAGUGCCGAGCGUCCCAGAGGUGUGCCUCCCUCAGGCCCCGGAGUUGAAGGUGUGCAAGGUGCCAGAUGUGCAGCUCAAGGUGCCAGAUGUGCAGCUCCAAGCUGCUGCAGCCGAGCAGGCGGAGAAGAUGGAAUUUGGCUUCAGGAUGCCAAAGAUGACCAUGCCCAAGUUAGGCAGGGUGGGGUCUCCGGCACAAGGCAAGGUGGGUCCUGAAGACUCGGGGAAGCUGGUCACCCUUCCCUGUUUGCAGCCGGAAGUGGGAGCUGAGGCUAGAGGGGGCGUCCCCUCCCUCACUCUGCCUUCCGUAGAGCUGGAUCUGCCAGGGGCCCUUGGCCUGGAGACACAGAGCCAAGCAGUUGAAGCAGCUAAGAUGGACCGGCCAGAGGGUCCUGGAGUGGCAGCAGGUGUUGGCGAAAUGGGCUUCCGGGUGCCAUCUGUUGAGAUCGUGACUCCACAGCUCCCCACUCUGGAAGUUGCAGAAGAGCAACUGGAGAUGAUGGAGAUAAAGGCCAAGCCCUCCUCCUCCAAGUUCUCCCUGCCUAAGUUUGGACUCUCAGGAUCAAAGGCGGCCAAGGCAGAGGCUGAGGGGGCUGCACGAGCCAAGCUGAAAGUGUCCAAGUUUGCCAUUUCACUCCCCAAAGCUCGAGUGGGGACUGAAGCUGAAGCCAAAGGGGCCGGGGAGGCAGGCCUGCUGCCCGCGCUCGAUCUGUCCAUCCCACAGCUCAGCCUCGAUGCCCAUCUGCCCUCAGCCAAGGUGGAGGCCACAGGGGCCGAUGUCAAGCUCAAGGGGCCUCGAUUUGCACUGCCCAAGUUUGGAGUCAAAAGCCGGGACACUGAGGCGGGAGAAGUAGCGGCAGGGGUGGUUGAGUUAGAAGGCAAGGGCUGGGGUCGGGAUGGGAAAGUAAAGAUGCCCAAGUUCAAGAUGCCAUCUUUCGGGCUGGCCCGAGGGAAAGAAGCAGAAGUCCAGAGUGGACGGGUCAGCCCAGGGGACAAGCCAGAUUCCACAGUUGGAGCACUUAAGAUCCCCGAUGUAGAGUUGGUGACAAUGGUGCCCCAGGAGGAAGGUGGGGCCCAGGGGGCCGUGGCUGGGAGUGCGGCACAGCAGGUGUCCGCAGCCAAGAAGGCCCACACUGAGGGCCAUGAUGGGGUCCUCAGGAUGCCCCCACUGACCAUCUCUGUGCCCCAGGUGGAGCUAGCCAGCUUUGGGGAGAUGGGGAGCCCGGGGCAGCAGGCUAAGCCUGGAAGCCAGGUGGCAGGGGGUGAGCUCUUAGUGGGCGAGGGGGUCUUUAAGAUGCCCACAGUGAGCGUGCCCCAGGUUGAGCUGGAUGUAGGGCGGGGCCACGAGGCCCAGGCAGGCCAGGGAGCCACAGGUGAAGGUGGGAUGCGGCUGAAGUUGUCCACCCUGGAGGCAGAUGCCAGGGGAGAGGGUGGCGAGGAACAGCCCCCAGGGGCAGAGCGGACCUUCCACCUCUCACUGCCUGAGGUAGAGCUCUCCCCACCGGCCGUGGGCAGCCACGCCGAGUACCAGGUGGCCGAAGGUGGAGGGGAUGUGGGACAUAAGCUUAAGAUGCGGCUGCCGCGGUUUGGCCUUGCGCGGGCCAAGGAAGCUGGGGAGGAGGGAGAGAAAGCCAAGAGCCCCAAGCUCAGGCUACCCCGAGUAGGCUUUGGCCAGAGUGAGUGGGCACCCGGAGAAGGGUCCCCCAAUUCCGAGGAGGAGGAGGAAGAGCACACUGGGGAGGGAGCCUCCAGCCACCGCAGCCGGGUUAGGGUCCGCCUGCCCCGCGUGGGUCUAACGGCCCCUUCUAAGACCUCCAAGGGACAGGAGGGCGAGGCCGUCUCCAAGUCCCCUGUUGGGGAAAAGUCACCCAAAUUUCGUUUCCCUAGGGUGUCCCUGAGCCCCAAGGCGCGAGGCGGGAGUGGGGACCAGGAAGAGGGUGGGUUCAGGGUCCGGCUGCCCAGCGUGGGGUUCUCCGAGAAUGGGCCUCCAGGCCCCAGCAGGGUGGAAGGCACUCAGGCUGCUGCUGUCUGAUGCCCUGGGUAAAUGGAGCCCUCCCUCCUGUCUUCCCACCCUCCCCUUUCCUCUCCCAAUCUCCCUCCCCUGUUUUGUGUGUGAGAUACUAGCACUAACCCCCCAAAAGGUCCACAGGUGGCCAGCUGACCCCCAACAGGGCUCCAAGACUUGUGCACUGCUCAUUGGCAGGAGCGUCUGUGUCAU